CAUUAUAAGCAUAAAUUCAAAACCCUAAUUUAUUGACUCUGUACGAUCUUUGAUAAUAUUAGUGAUAAAGAUGAGUAAUUUGAGGACGGUUUGUAGGCCGCACACUGUACUCUCUUCGUUUGGCUGUUUCGGUAGGAAUCCUGUGUUUCAGAACCCCGAUUGCUGGCGUCGACUCUCGUCGCCGUCGAUUUUCUCUCCUUCGUUCGGUUCUUCCAGAGACUUGAAGAAGACCGACUUGCGGUUCCGUGUGAAUCAGAGGAGAACUGUUGUUAAUGCAGCGAAUUGGACCGACCCGAAGUCUCCAUACGAAACUCUAGGAUUUCUGAAUUGCAUGAUGUAAUGGCCUCGUGGAACGAUUCAAAGAUGCAAUUGAGGAAACCUUGUUCUUCAUUUCUGUGUUGGAGAAAUUUUAUUUGCUGUUUCAUCAUUUAAUCAAAUAUUCCCUCUUGUCUAUGAUGGUAGAGGGACUCUCGAAGAGGGCGAAACUGCUGAAGCUAGAUUCAUUAAAAUUCAAGCUGCUUAUGAAUUGCUCAUAGAUGAGGAAAAAAGGAAGCAGUAUGAUACAGAUAACCGAAUCAACCCGAUGAAGGUAACUUUUUGAAAUACCUCUUGGGUACAUUUUGAUGUUAUGUACAGUCUAAUGAGGGAUUUUCAUUUUUAAUUUUUAAUGUUCUUUUAGGCAUCUCAAGCAUGGACAGAGUGCGUUAUGAGAAAGCGAAAAGCUUGGGAUCGGCGGGGUGAGAUGGCUGUUGAUGCUUGGGCUGAACAACGGCAGUUAGAUAGGGUUCUCCGUGGUCGCCGUCUUUCUCGUUCCGAGAGUGACCCUGAAAAAGAGAGAAAGAUCUUGGCAAAAGAAAAGAAGGCAUCAGUAGAGUUUUUUAAUACAACUAUGAGGCGGCAUAUUCUCGUGUUAAAGAAGAGGGAUUUGAUGCGAAAGAAAGCAGAACAGGAAAACAAAAGGGUUAUCAGUCGGCUUUUAGAGGCAGAAGGGCUUGAACUUGACA